UUCAUUUCCAGCAUACUACCGUACUAACUAGUAUGUUUAGAAUAGAGCGGUUACAGGUUUAUAUACACACUUAAUAGUGCGACAGUGUGCGACCCAUGUUUCUAUGGGAACGUGAACAAAUCGCUGAACUGAAGGAUUUUUGAGCGUGUUUUAGGCAAAUGGCCAAUGAUUUGGUAAUUCUAGCACUCAAAGCUAACAGCAAGUCGUUAAAUUUGAGCUCGAGGAACAUAACUGAGCUUUCUAAAUGUUUUGCAAAGUUAACUCGGGUUUUAGGGCUCCGUUUAAACAACAACCGCCUCACGACUCUGCCUCUCGGACUGCAGGGCAUGCGGCAGUUGACAGAGAUUAACCUGGGCAAUAACGCUUUCGAGGAGGUGCCACCGGUCCUGAAGCAUCUGCACAGCUUGAAAAAGCUGUAUUUGUUCAGGAAUCAGAUUUCCACACUGCAUCCAGAGGUUCUAGAGGGUCUUUCAAACCUUAUUGUUCUCAACCUGAACAGCAACAAAAUCAAAACCAUUCCUACAGCUAUAAAGAGCCUCUCGAAUUUGGAACGAUUCAGUAUUACAGACAAUCAGCUAGAAGAGAUUCCCGCUGAGCUGGGGCUGGUCAGCAAGUUGACAGAGAUGAAUUUAACCAGGAACAAGUUGAGUGAAAUUCCGCAGGAGUUGUAUAAGCUAACACAUCUGAGGAAACUGAGCUUGGCUAGAAACAGUCUCAGAGAGCUACCAGAGGGAAUUCUUGGAUGGAAAAAUCUGAAGAUGUUAGAUGUUGCUGGAAACCACCUGUCUAUGUUUCCAGUCGAUUUCCACGUUCUUGAGCUGCAAGAAUUAUAUUUUGAAGGAAACAAUCUUGUUCAGUUUGAGCUGCUCACGUCCGCUCAAGAGGAGGAAGUUCUCUCAUUAAAGGAACAUGCUGCCAGAUUCAUCCUGAAAGAACAUUUAAAUAAGUCAUCUGUGGCGUCCAGGGCUUCGCUACUCCUUCCAGAUAUAGAGACAAUGCUGUCUCGGUUUGGAAGGUGUGCCGUUUGCUUUGAGCCCUUUCUGACCACCUGGGUGGAGUGUGUGCAGUUCAUCAACCUGCGAAAGGACAUGGGGAUAAAAAACUCACAGAAUAUUCCAGUUCGAGUGCUGCUGUGCUCUUAUUCCUGCUUCAACAAGAGCAGCCACUCUUACUACAGUGUCGCUAAAGUAAAGCCGUAA